GGGGACACUCAUUGAAAACACGCUUGGGUGGUACUGACGACGCAGCUAAUGACAGCAUAUUUUCUUGUUAAUAGCACGUUUGACACAUUUUUGUGACUUAUUAAGCACAAACAUGUCUAUAUUUACGCCAACGAAUCAAAUCCGGCUGACGAAUGUGGCGGUGGUGCGGAUGAAGAAAGGAGGGAAGCGUUUUGAAAUAGCUUGUUACAAGAACAAAGUUAUGAGCUGGAGAUCAGGAGCAGAGAAAGACCUAGACGAGGUUUUGCAGACACACUCUGUUUUCGUUAAUGUGUCCAAAGGUCAGACUGCUAAGAAGGAUGAUUUGACUAAAGCUUUUGGAACAGAUGAUCAGACAGAAAUAUGCAAACAGAUCUUGGCCAAAGGGGAGCUCCAGGUGUCAGACAAGGAGAGGCAGACUCAGCUGGAGACGAUGUUCAGAGACAUCGCUACCAUUGUGUCAGAGAAGUGUGUCAACCCCAGCACCAAGAGGCCAUACACAGUCAGCCUCAUCGAGCGGGCGAUGAAGGACAUCCACUAUUCUGUCAAGACCACCAAGAGCACCAAGCAGCAGGCUCUGGAGGUGAUCCGGCAGCUGAAGGAGACCAUGGAGAUCCAGAGAGCCCACAUGAGGCUGCGGUUGCUGCUGCCAGCCAAGGAGGCCAAGAGGCUGAAGGAGAAGCUGAAACCUCUCCUGCAGGUUGUGGAGAGUGAGGAGUUUGAUGAGGAGCUGGAAAUGGUGUGUCUGGUGGACCCCGGCUGCUUCAGGGAGAUCGAUGAGCUGAUCCGCUGCGAGACCAAAGGCCGUGGUUCUCUGGAGGUUCUCAGCUUAAAGGAUGUGGAGGAGGGAGAUGAGAAACUAUAGUCACCCAGCCAGUCCGGACUCUGCACCUUAUCUACACUAACACACUUCACUGGAACACACCGCCUAUAAACUCAUAUAAAGGACUGUUUAUGAUCUGAUUAACCUCAACCCUUUAUUAUCAGCAGCCAUGUUUGAAGAAUUAGUCGAACUGUGGAAGGUUUUAUUUACAAGCUGUGCUUUGAAAGCAAGUUUCAGCUUUUAUACCUAAACUUAAUGAUCAGUAGUUGUGACCUGGAUUCCUUUAUUUAUUAUUUUUAUUAAUGUCCGUACUUCUGGACAGUCUCUCUAUUUUCUAUUUUUCAGCUCUUCUUAAACCCAGUUAUGUAUAUUAAUAAAAAACAAACUUUUUUUUUCUUCCUGUGUUUAUUUACUGAGAUUUUUCUAUAUCAGAGUUUUGCACAGUUCCCGAUCAAACAGAAAAACAUGGAGACUUUGAACCCAAACAAGCUACAUUUAUAUCACAUUUCUGUUGUAUCCAUGAUGGAAAAAGUGCUGAAGAUAUUAAAAUGUGUAAUUAUAUCUGGUCUAUCUUUAGCCACAAUGAAAAUGUGGAACGCAGCCUCAUCACAGAUGUAAGUUGGUAAACAAAUGUUUUUAUUAGUAAAAUUACAGCUGGAGUUGCACAUAAAACUAAAGUCAAUCAGAAAUGAUUUUUCCCCUCCUUUAAAAAAGAAAUAAUUCAGAGUUAAAACUUAUUUGAAAAGUAAAGAAAGGUUGUUUUCUGUCAGAUUUCAUCUUUAAUAGUGAAGUUGGAACAAAUGAAUAAAAAAUGAAUGAACGCA